UGAACUUCCUCAAGUGCAAACGACGCGACUGUAAGACGCGACCUUGACGCGCUUGUCCUGAAGCAGUCAAGCCUAAACCUUAUUCAAGCCCUGCUGGAGCACCUCCCUCAGCCGAAACAACGACUUGGACCAGACCACCCGGACAUCAGUUUGGACACGCACUGAAGACUCCAUCCUCAUCAUCCUCAUCCCUCAUCAUCGCCGACACCAUCACGUUGCCGACAGUACCAAAAGGUCGCACUUCACCGCGACAGGGAGGCGCAGUUGUCUGGAAGUCCUCUACAGUCGCCGCCGGCACAGUCUAUUGCCACAUACAGGAAUGCGGACUUGAAGUACUGUGAUCAAGGAAGCGCAUCGCAGCGCACUCGGCCUCUGAGACGAUGGCAGUGUCUUCAGCAGCUGAGCUGGAACCAGUGACAAUUAUCACAAACAACCUCAAGGUACUGCUGGAUCGAGCAAGACAGGAGAAGCCUGAGACCAGCGUGGAACCGGCAUUAUCAACCUCGAGCUUCAGCAAAGACGUGGCAUCUCUUCACGAAGGCAUUGACGAGCGCUAUGAUCAGAACUAUAGAUUCGCAGCUGCGGAGGCCGCUAUUCGCGAGAUCUUCUACGCCUUCAUACAUUCUACGGAUAUCAAUGACCCUGCUUUCGCGGACGUGUGGAAUCUCCUCGACAUUGUCCUCAUGUGCGGUGACCAAGGAAAAUGCACACCUGAGCUUGUCUGCUGGCUUUUAGAAGAAUUGUUGGACAGCCAGACCACGCUUGGCUGUCGAGUUGUCUUUGAUUACCUUGACUCUCGGCGGGAACGCCUGGCACAGAAAGAUUUUCACAAGAAGAAUCUCGUUUUUCUGAGGUCGUGUAACGAGCUGCUCAGACGACUGAGUAGGGCAGAGGACGCCAUCUUCUGUGGGCGCGUGUUCUUCUUCCUUUUCCAGACAUUUCCAUUGGGCGACAAAAGCUCAGUCAACCUACGAGGCGAAUUCCAUGUGGAGAAUACGACGAAAUUCGACGUUGAGGGUGGUGCCACCGAGGGGAUCGAACCGGACGCAGAACCUGCUGCAGUUCCCAGCACACCUAAAGAGAGCACGCCUCCACCAGCGCCUACCGGUAAGCCAGGAAGUAAAGCUGUACCUAUCAAAGCGCCCAAGAAGGCUGCGGAGGAAGUUCCACUUUCGGCCAGCGAGCUGUACCCCAUCUUCUGGAGAUUGCAACAUGACUUUUCAGACCCAACCAAGCUGUUUCAGCCGCAAAACUUCGAGGCAUUCAAGAAAGGCUUGGCCUGCACACUGACCAAGUUCAAGAAGACUCCCACUGUCGUGCAGACCAAGGCUGGAGAGGAAGAUAAGCGCGGGACCAAACGAAAGCUUGGUGAGGCAGCUGGCAGUGAGAGCAGCAAUCUCCUCGACAAUUACAAUCCCAAGUACCUCACAAGUCGCGAUCUGUUCGACCUUGAGCUCAGUGAUCUUGCUUUCCAGCGACACAUACUGGUUCAGGCGAUGAUCCUCAUUGACUUCCUGCUGUCAUUGACGGAGAGGGCAAAGAAGCGGCUGAGCUCGUUGACUGGUACCAACAAAUCUUUGCUGUACUCGUUCACGCUGAGUGAAGAGGACACGCAUUGGGCGACCUCAACACGUGCUGUAAUUCGUGAGGGACUAGAGUCCCGGGAAGAUGGCAGGCAAUACUGCAGAAUGGUGGAGACUGUGCUGACUCGUGACAAGAACUGGGUUCGUUGGAAAGUUGAGAGCUGUCCGUCAAUCGUGCGCGGACCCGUGACCACGGAAGAGGAGUUGCUGGCCAGGAAAGGUGUCGCCAAUUUCACGCGACCCCGUCGCCUUGCGGAGAAACCGCAAGGCAUGAUGGAUCUGGGCUUUCUGGAGGAGGCCGACAGUGGUGGCCUCGAGCCUUUGAAGAAUCCCGCACGCUAUACGACACCCUCGAUCCCACAGCUGGUAGAUCAGAUCAAGAUGGAUGAACUCGAUGCGGAAAUGGCGAUGACAGACGAGGAGAAAAGCAAUAUCGAUACGGCGAUGACGAACGCGAAGUGGAGAGCUCUUCGCAUUGCUCGCGCUGCCGAUCUGGCGUUACUCGAUAAGGUCGAUAGCACCAAAGAUUUGGAAGGCAUUCUCAGCUCACCAGGCAUUUCCGCCGAGGCUGAGACGGCCGAGCAGAACGGUGAAGAUGCAGCAGCAGGUCCCACAAGUACAGCUGUGAACGAAGAUACGACCGCAGUCGAGUCUGAGCAAUUCCCGGUUAAGGUGGAGGACAAAGUUAUGGAGGAUGCAGAAACGAUUUGAUGAUCAGCAGCACGACAUCUUUAUCUGGAUCUUCCUUCUGACGCGUGGGUCUUUUUUUAAAGAAGAAACGUGCCUCUUGCAGCGCGGGCCGUUCGCGGUGUACCAAACUCUUCAUGUGGGGACGCCUCAUCUGUACCGCGAGUUUGGGCGUCUUUAGCUUCCGUCAAUAUUCUAUUCUCAAUUGCGGGUAAUGAAUCGAUAACCUAGGGCCCGCAAUGCAACUUCACAAACCGGACAAGACGACCCUCAGCCACGCACGAUCAUGUUGGCGAGAUUGCAUCGUGGCUGCGCAAAGGUCCAGUGAAGUGUUAUUUGACCCUCGAUAGUAGACGAAUCAGGCUGGGAACUGCACAGCCAUGUGGCGGCGGCAUCGAUAUACAAACGUGAAGGUUUUCCAAUAUCAGCGCCCAGCUUAUAUAUAUAUGAUCCAAAAAUGCACCCAGUCGAACACCC